CCUCCAUCCCUCGGCGUGUGUCUCUUCUGUCCUGUUCUUUCAUCCUGUCUCGCUGGCUCUGGUUCCCCCCCUUCACCGACGCUCGCGCACAAUAUUUUCCCUGGGUCGCAUCGGUUCUCAUCAUGAACUUCGGUCCGUUCUGUCUCUACACCACGAGAUCGGCCGGCGCUUCCUAGACUCUUGCCGCGGUAGGAGCAUGUCUCUGCCGGGACCAAAUGUCCGUAACAGCCUCGAUUCCCGACACUUCGCUUGGCCUCACCUCCUCCGAGAUCCAGAUCCUCCGCCAGCAGCAGCAGAUCGCCCUGCAGGGCAGCCAUGGUGCCAAUGGGGUUGCCCGGGGCAGAGGGACCGGACGAAACAGCAACUCCAGCUCGCGCGCCGCCAGUGCCGCCAGCAGUCACGGCCGUUUGAUUCUGGAUCCGAUGAGCCUACGAGCGCUUUCACUACAGCUGGACGGCUUGCAGCAACAGAUUCGGAGUCGCAUCGAUUAUCUGGAGGAGCAAAUGCAGCUCUCCAUCCAAAACAGCUACGACCGCGCGGGCAACAUCAUUCGCAACGCCGAUGCGGAGAUCGCCCGCACCCGCUCCAUCCUCACCUCAAUUGAUGAGUUGGAUAAUGAGCUUGCGAAGAUCGGUCACAUAAGAGAGAUCGUGAAAGCCUAUCGCGGCCGUAUAGAAAAUAUCGAUCAACGCCUGGAUCAAGCCGCCCGCCGGAGACACUGA